AUGGAACAUGUCUUAUGGGAGUGCGAGGCAGCUAGGGAUGUGUGGUGUCUUUGCUCAUCAAAACUGCAGAAACAAUGUAUGAACCAGAUUUCUUUCAGAAGCUUGUUGAUGCAUAUGUUGCAGGAUCUUAAAGAUGAAGUUUUAAUGGAAGUAGCUGUUGUGGCAUGGAAAAUUUGGAGAAGAAGGAAUGAUUUGGUUUUUAACCAAACUUUUUCCUCCCCUCAACUGAUUGUGAGACAGGCAAAUCAGAAAAUUGAAGAUCUCAAUGCUCUUUUCUCUCAACAGACAACUAAUCCUACAAACAUACCUCAGUCGAUUCAAUGGAGUGCUCCACCUGUUAAUGUGUACAAAAUCAACUGGGAUUCUGCAGUGGAUAAAGUGAAUUGCAAAGUGGGUGUUGGGACUAUUAUUCGGGAUUGGAAAGGAAGGGUGAUUGCUUGCAUGAGGAUGUGCAUAUCUUUAUUUCCUGACCCUUACUUGGCUGAGGCUAUUGGAGCUCUACAUUCUGUCAAACUGGCUCUAGACAUUGGACUAAUACAGAUCAAACUUGAAGGGGAUGCUAUAAAUGUAGUGAAUGACAUCAAAGGCAACAAAGAUAGCUGGAAACAUACUGGUUUGAUCAUUACUGAUAUCAAACAGCUGCUGCUGAGAUUUGACUCUUUUAUAGUUGAUUAUGUUCCUAGAAGUUGUAAUAGCUUGGCUCAUUGCUUAGCUAGAGAUGCUUUACACAUCAAUGAUGUCCUUGUUGACAUUGAGGAUGUUCCUUUAUGUAUUGCUUCUCUUUUGUAA